AUGGCUUCUGCUCGUCUCGCUCUGCGCUCGUCGCGCGCUGCCCUCUCCCAUGCGCGCCCCUUCAGCGCCUCUGCUCUCCGCCUCAAGGACCUCAAUGACCGCGGCAACGACACCGUCGAGGAGCACCGCAAGAGGCAGACGGAGAAGCCGCUCAACCCGCACAUGACGAACACCACCUCGACCAUCGCCAAUGACCUGCCCUCCAUCGGCAAGGACAGCGCCCCGCCCGAGAUGCUGACCUCGGUCGACCCCGACUUCGUGCCCAAAGACUCCAAGCCUGAGAAGACGGAGCGCAUGACCGGCGGCACUCAGAAAGGCGCGCCUGAGAGCGGCGUCAACUCUGAGCUUCAAGUCGGCGAGCUUGAAGGCGCCAAGUUCCGGAUCGAGCCUAUCCAACGGGUUGGCGAGGAUGCCAACACCAUGCGGGCAAGGUUAAUCUACCAGAGCCGGAAGCGCGGAAUCCUCGAAAGUGAUCUCCUUCUGUCCACCUUUGCCGACGCCAACCUAGGAUCCAUGUCGGCCCAAGAGCUGCAGCAGUACGACCGCUUCCUCGACGAGAACGACUGGGACAUCUACUACUGGGCCACUCAAGAACCGGCGCCGACGUCGGCCGAGACAGCCGAGGGCUCGGGGCCUGGCCUGGCCACGCCGUCUUCACAGGGCAGACCGGCACCCAAGUCUGGAGAGUGGGCUCAGACUGUGGGCACCUUCAAGCCUGCGUACAGGCCAGUUCCCCAGCGGUGGAAGGACUCGUCCAUCUUGGUGAAGCUGCGGGAGCAUGUGAGAUCGCGCAGUGCAGGUGGCGUCCACCCCGGCGACGCAAAGGUGGGCAACCAAUCAGCGAAGGCGGGUACUGGCGGCGGCGGUGGUUUGGGCAGGAUGCCUGAGCUCAAGACAUUCGACCAGUAA